AUGCAUACCGUCAGGAGUUUCGCCUUGGGCCUUUUGGCCACCGCCGCCGUGGUAUCGGCUUCAGAUGCUCCCUCAGAUGUUGUCCAACUGAAGGAGGACACCUUCGACGCAUUCAUCAAGGAGAACGACCUCGUCCUUGCCGAGUUCUUUGCGCCGUGGUGCGGUCACUGCAAGGCUCUCGCCCCCCACUAUGAGAAGGCCGCCACCUCUCUCAAGGAGAAGAACAUCAAGCUUAUCAAGGUCGACUGCACAGAGGAGCAGGAUCUGUGCCAAAAACACGGUGUCGAGGGCUACCCCACCCUGAAGGUCUUCCGUGGCCUUGACAACGUCGUGCCCUACAAGGGUCAGAGGCAGGAUGAUGGAAUUAUCUCGUAUAUGGUCAAGCAGUCUCUGCCUGCUGUUUCGACCAUCACCACCGACAGCCUCGAGGAGUUCAAGAAGACCGACAAGGUUGUCGUUGUCGCUUACUUGUCCAGCGACGACAAGACCUCGACUGAGACUUUCACCCAGGCUGCCGAGAAGCUCCGUGACCACUACCCCUUCGGUUCCAGCACCGAUGCCGCCCUUGCAGAGGCUGAGGGUGUCAAGGCUCCUGCCAUUGUUGUUUACAAGACCUUUGAUGAGGGCAAGGCUGUCUUCGACAAGAAAUUUGACGUCGAGGAGAUUGAGAAGUUCGCCAAGACCGCCGCCACUCCUUUGAUCGGCGAGGUCGGCCCCGAGACAUACUCCGACUACAUGUCCGCUGGCAUUCCUCUGGCGUACAUCUUCGCCGAGACCGCUGAGGAGCGUACUACUCUCAGCGAGGCCCUCAAGUCCAUCGCCGAGAAGCACCGUGGCGCCAUCAACUUCGCCACUAUCGAUGCUAAGGCUUUUGGCGCCCACGCUGGUAACCUGAACCUCAAGGCCGACAAGUUCCCCGCCUUCGCCAUCCAGGAGACUGUCAAGAACCAGAAGUUCCCCUUCGACCAGGACAAGGAGAUCACCGCCGAGGCUAUCUCCAAGUUCGUCGAGGACUUCGUUGCUGGCAAGAUCGAGCCCAGCGUCAAGUCCGAGCCUAUUCCCGAGACCAACGAUGGCCCUGUCAGCGUUGUCGUUGCCCACACCUACAACGACAUCGUUCUCGACGACACCAAGGACGUUCUCAUCGAGUUCUACGCCCCUUGGUGCGGUCAUUGCAAGGCUUUGGCUCCCAAGUACGAGGAGCUUGGUGCUCUCUACCAGAAGUCUGAGUUCAAGGACAAGGUCGUCAUCGCCAAGGUUGACGCCACUGCCAACGACGUUCCCGACGAGAUCCAGGGUUUCCCCACCAUCAAGCUCUACGCUGCUGGCAAGAAGGACUCGCCCGCUACCUACAGCGGCUCGCGCACUAUCGAGGACUUGAUCACUUUCGUCAAGGAGAACGGCAAGUACAAGGCUGAGGUUUCCGUUGAGGCCGAGAAGGAGACCCCGGUUGCCCCGGCUGCUACUGAGUCUGAGGAGGCCAAGGCCACUGAGGCUGCUGAGAAGAAGAAGGAUGAGCACGAUGAGUUGUAA